GUUAUCUAUAAUAUAGUGGUGUAACAGUGCAAUGGAUAAGAAUAAAUAUGAAAAACCAAAUAAGGCAAUGGAAGCUCAUGAACCAUAUUGUUUAUUUACGUUUUUGUAGCAUGAUGCUGCUCUUAGAAGAUCAGCCUUACAUGUUUAUGUGUGAGCAGUAUAAAAUAAUUGUGCAUAUUACUUAGUGUUAUCUUUUCUGUAAGCUUCAAUAAUAAAAAAAGAAAAAGAUGGAAGCUUGCAUUUUUCAGUAUUUUUGAUAAGCACAAAUGAAAGUCAUAUAAACUAAAAAAUGACUAUUCAGUAACACCUAAGCAAGGCUGGCAGAGGGCGUGUAUUCAUGCAAUACCGUCAUGGACCCCAACAUACUGACAGAGAUUGACACCACGCCCUUCAAGACCAACAGCACUAGCAAAUUGGGGCUCUCACAUGGCGUCUACCCAAAGUAUGUGCCGCCUUCUGCUGUGGUUGAUACUGUGUCAGACACAACAGUACACAAUGGUGGCCAUUUUGACUCAAAGAUAUGCAAUCUAAGUGUAGAUUACACAGACGGCCUGGCCACCACCCUUGACACCUCCAGCGUUGUGUCCUCGGCCUCUUGGGAAUUUAGUGUGGCCCAAACAUGGAACCUCAGCACCUGGAACCUCACUCAGGCAGAGUUGGAGUUAAACUUGACAACGGAGAAAGAAGAAGUGCCUGGGUGGCAGAAUUCUGGAGGCUGGCGUCCCCAGGUGGGGCAGUGGAGCCCCGGACUGCUGGCAAUGACGGGAUUGGCGCUCUACACUCUGGCACUCUGCACUGCUGUCGGCAAUGCCCUAGUUAUUCAUGCUAUCAGGACAGAGAAGCGUCUGCAAACGGUUUCCAACUUGUUCAUCAUGAGCCUCGCAGCUGCUGACCUUACCGUGGGAGUUAUCGUUAUGCCCAUCAGUGCUGCCUACGCCAUGAUGGGAGAGUGGAGGCUAGGGCUGGCAGUGUGUCAGUUCUGGUUGGCUGCAGAUUAUACUGCUUCCACUGCUUCCAUCUUCAAUCUGGUGAUCUUGUCAUUGGAUCGCUACUGGUCUAUUACUGCCCCGUUGCGCUAUCUGCGGCGACGCACACGACGGCGGGCUUGGGUCAUGAUCGGUGCCUCGUGGACGGCAGCCACAGCCUGGCUAGUGCCAGUAUUGGCAUGGCACCACCUGGCACUGGGUGGCCUCAGACAUCAUCCACCUUUUGUGUGCGAGACUGAAUUCUCUAACAGUGCUGCCUUCAAAGCUGUUACUGCAGCACUCAAUUUCUAUUUACCAACGGCUCUUAUGGUGUACCUGUACUGCCGUAUAUUUCGCGAGGUGCAGUCUCGGCAGGUGCUAGGGCGAGUGGCCUUCACUAGUCACGAGCUGCUAACAGACUCUUGCAGUGAGGCAGAGCAGCGACUGCCCCGCCCCACAACACAACCCCGCAACACGCAGACAACCAUGCACCACCUCCCAACCAUCACAAACUUUAACCAGUGCACUCAGUUUGGCAGCUUGACUCUGGUGUCUCCAGGAAGGCACGACUGUUCAUACUAUGCAGGUGUAACAGUGAGUGUGGAAUAUCUACCUGAUGACUCUGCCCACACCUCUCCAACACAUAAUCACUUCAAUCACCAGCAGCCACAGCAGGAACAAGAGCAACAGCUGCCACAUCAAAAUCAACUGCAUCAACAACGACGACAAGCCGGAACAAAGCGAUUGGGGCCUCAUCACAACCACAUUCAUUGUUAUCAGAGCAGCACACGUCCGCACUCUUGGAACCCCUUAACACCUUCCCCAAACAGAGUGAGGAAACAAAAGUGGGGCAGUAGCUGGCGAGUGAGCACGGUGUCACAGAUGCAGAGGUCUAACAACAGCUCUAACAGCACAUCAUCUACCAUCACAACGGCUACUAAUGGCACUAAGAAGAAACGGACUAUAGCGUGCAACAACAAUGGAGGAAGUGGAGGAGGGAGGCGAGUAGAAGGUGUCAACUUAGCCAAAGAGAGAAAAGCAGCACGGCAACUGGGAGUGAUUGUGGGGGCAUUCAUGGCUUGCUGGGUGCCAUAUUUCACUCUCUUCCCCAUUAUGGCACUAUGUGACACGUGUGUUCCUGCCCAUGCCCAUACUGCAACCAUCUGGCUUGGUUACCUUAACUCUGCCCUAAAUCCUGUCCUCUACCCUCUUUGCAACCAUAACUUUCGUAGAGCCUUUGCCAGGAUGCUGAGGCUGCCAACCCGCAAACCCAACAAUUAUGCAAGUGCCCAGAGGAUGGCCACCAUAACAGUUAGACACUGACCUUUAGUGUGUAGGCCACUCAUACGACUCGACUCACUGCCUCUGACAAGUUUAAGAAUAACUUAAAGCAUACACUCAAACAACACAAACUUCAACUGUAUUAUAAUGCUACUGGAUAAAUUAUAAUUUAAGAACAAAGUAUUCUGUCAACAAUGAUAGGCAUUCAUAUACUUUCAAUAAUGAUUUACUUUAAAAUACACUGAACUUUCUAAACUACAGUGCAUAUAUAUGAAUGAACAUUUCUCUACAUUUUGAAUUUAUAAUAGAUAAUUCUUCCAGCCUAAAAUACCAUGGAAAAUUAUGAAAGUAAGAUUGUUGAAAAUUAUUGUUCUGAUUUCUACAUAUUUUGUAUGUUGUAGCAAUUAAUGUUUACUGUUCUUGUAGAAGAGACCAUUUAUGUAAAUCCACUGUCUUGUAAUUAAAAAAAGGACAAUUUUUCACAUUUCCCAUCUUAAAUGUAUCUGUUGUGAAUAGCGAUAUCUACCGGGCGCUAUAUUUUCAGUAAGAAGGCUGAGUUUACACCACAGUGUUACUGCCAAACAGGAGGUGGAAAUCUAGCAAACAAAUUUUGUUGUACAUUAGUACAGUUGACGAAUUUUGAUAAUAGAAAUGAAUGAUUUACUAUUAAUCAUUGAGUGUCUUCAGUUGCCUGCCAUACAGUGUUUGACAUUCCUUAAUGAUAAGACAGUCAUGUAAGUCACUCAUUUACAAAAUCUGUGAAUGAUACGAUAAUUACAAUAUAAGACAUUCUUCUGAGAAUAUCAAUCACUUUCACAAGUUUACAUCAUCACUGUGUUCUACCACUACAGCAUACUGUACAGUAUUUAGAAUACAUUGCUUCUGUAAUAUAAUUUAAAAUAAAA